AUCAGUGUGACCCCAGAAGUGCCACCUGUCAGUGCUCAUCAGUGCCACGUGCCAGUGCCCAUCAGUGCCACAUCAAUGCCACAUAUCAGUGCAUACCAGUGCACAUCAAUGCCACAUAUCAGUGCCCAUCUGAGCUGCCUUUCAAUGUCACCCAUCAGUGCCAGUCAGUGCCACCUAUCAAUGCCAAUCAGUGCCACCUAUCAGUGCUGCCAAUCAGUGCCACCUAUCAGUGCCAGUCAGUCCCGCCUAUCAGUGCGCAUCAUCAGUGCCGCCUAUCAGUGCCAGUCAGUGCUGCCUAUCAGUGCCAUAUAUCAAUGUCAUCAUCAUCAG